AUGAUUUUGAUUUGCCAGAAAAGACCCUGUUAUCAUAUUCAGGGUUUUUUUUUUGACGUACCUCCUCAAUGGAAAGCCGAGGAUUUUGGAGAAGAACUAAAAAUACAAUAUCCUUCGAUUGUUAAAGCGGGGCGUCUUUAUAUUCGUGGAGGAAGACGUAUUUCAAAGGUUCGUCUCGACUUUUCGUCCAAUCAACAUUUACCUGAAAUACUUAAACGAAAAAAUAUCGUGUUGGAUGACGACAAUACGUCUUAUCGAAUUGAACCGUAUAUUCCUCCGACUAGAGUCCUCAGGUGUUAUGUCUGUCAAGAAUACGGUGGCCAUACAGCUGCGAACUGUUCCAAGAAAGAUAACCCUAUCUGUUUCAAAUGUGGGCAAAGUCAUGAAUAUAAUCCUCGAUGCGAAAGCGCGGUGUGUUGUGCAAAUUGUCAGGAACCACACAUGGCGGGGAAUCCGCAAUGUCGUGUCAAAAUUGAACAGCGACAAAAGUUAUACGACGAGAGGCGUGCAAGAAGUAUAGCAGUAACAGCUCCUCCUAAUGUUUGGACAAAUCGAACGACUGGGGUUGUGCCUGCACUUUCGACUGCUGCUACAACAUCAGCUGUGCAAUCUGAUUCAAUACCACUGUUAGAAAAAAUAAAUGAGCAAAUGACGAAAUGUAUUGAGCAGCAGUUACGUCUUGAAACUAAAAUCGAAAAUAAAUUGUGUGAAUUGGAGAUCAAAAUUGAUCAAAAUUGUAAUGAAGUUCAACGUGAAGUUCGAGAAGUAACGUUUUAUGUCCAUCACGUCUUGUCUCCUUUGGUUCAUGAAAUCGCUGAAUACAUCUAUGACUCAUUGGACAAUUCAAAUGAACAAAAAACAUUUCUUAAUGUUUUGGACAAUUUUGUCGAUUUUAGAAAACAGUUAACAACAUUAUCUACAUUAAUGCCAAAAUCGUCCAAAACGAUUUCAAAUACAAGACGAUCAUCGAUGUUCACGCAACAACGUAUGCAAUGA